AUGUCUAUUUUUGUCACCAUUCCAAGUUUAGUCGAGAAUAUGAACGUGUUAUGCCAGCGGUUAGAAAAUUAUUUUGGCGUUUCCGUUUCUUUAUUGCAAGAUAAACUAAAACUGUGUGGAACUCCAGACAAACUGAAUGCAGCUCAAGACUACGCACUUCGGUUUAUCAGUCCAGAAUCGGUUUUAGUAAUAAUAUUGACUUCAGCUGAAUGUUUGGAGCUAUUCAGUUGUAAUUCACCACUAAUUCGUCAUUUCGAAUCAACAUAUAACAUUAUUCUUAUCAAAAAUAAUAACGCACUGAUAGUUAAGGGAAGUGCACAUGCGAACAAGCGAUUUUCAAUGGUUAUAAAAUCAUUAGAAUCAUUUUCAAAGACCAAAUGCACAUAUUUAAGUAAUUUAAAAGUUUCAGUUUUGACAACAUUGUGUGAAAAAUACUCAUUGAAAUUUGAUGAUCUACAGUGUUCAGAUUCAAUGAAACUUGCGCUUUUGGAUUACUUUACUUCACUGGAGAAACCUGAAGUGAUGACUAAUGGUUGUUCUGUUGAUUCUCCAGCUGAAAGAGUACAUUUUGUCGAAGCUUAUCGUAAUCCAGGCAAUAAUAAACCAGAUAUUAAUCCAAAUGAUAUAACAUCCAACUCAUCUUCCUCAGUGCAUAAAUCUCCCUUUGUUGAAACCCGAUUGAGACCUAUCAUAAUUGAUGGGAGUAAUGUGGGUUUUGCUCAUGGGAAACAAAAAGAAUUCAGUGCUACAGGAAUCCGCCUAGCACUGGAUUAUUUUGAUAAACGUGGCCACAAGGAUGUGGUUGUUGUAAUACCUAGACAUUAUCAGGGAAAAGGUGGUCGUUACUUCCAUGAACUUGAGCAUUCAGGCAAACUGACGUAUACGCCGUCACGAACACUGAAUAGAGAAAGACAAACAGUAUAUGAUGAUCGCAUUAUAUUGCAACUGGCAGCUGACAAAGAUGCAGUCAUCAUAUCCAAUGAUCAGUAUCGUGACCUGAUGUCUGAAAAUGCUAAAUUUAAAGAACUCAUUGAGACCAGACUGCUUCCAUAUGUAAUGUCAGGUAAUACAUUCCUGCUUCCAGAAGAUCCAUAUGGUCGUAAAGGUCCAUCUUUGGAUAUGUGCUUAUCCAUGUCAGAUUCAACACAAUUAUCCUAA